AUGAUAUCUUACGGAGAGAAUCUGGGGGGCCGGGCUGUCUCCCCACUCCCAGUCCAUGGGGGGCACAUGAUGCAUGGAGCGGCCUUUGCCUACGUGCCCAGCCCACAGGUCUUGCACAGGAUUCCAGGGACCUCGGCCUAUGGCUUCCCGAGCGUGGGCCCCAUGGCCCUCCCAGAGCAUGGCUGCCCCUACGGGGAGGUUGUGGAGCACCAUGACCCACUGCCUGCCAAGCUGGCCCUGGAGGAUGAGCGGAAGCCAGAACCUGGAUUGAUCCAGAAGCUGCGCCGGGCUGGUGUGACACUCCUCAAGGUGCCACUGAUGCUUUCCUUCCUCUACCUCUUCGUCUGCUCCCUGGACGUGCUCAGCUCAGCCUUCCAGCUGGCUGGAGGGAAGGUGGCUGGCGACAUCUUCAAGGACAACGCCAUCCUGUCCAACCCAGUGGCGGGCCUGGUGGUGGGGAUCCUGGUGACUGUGCUGGUACAGAGCUCAAGCACCUCCACGUCCAUUGUGGUCAGCAUGGUCUCCUCCGGCCUGCUGGAGGUGAGCUCUGCCAUCCCCAUCAUCAUGGGCUCCAACAUCGGCACCUCCGUCACCAACACCAUCGUGGCCUUGAUGCAGGCGGGGGACAGAACUGACUUCCGGCGGGCCUUUGCAGGGGCCACCGUACACGACUGCUUUAACUGGCUGUCAGUUCUGGUGCUGCUGCCCCUGGAGGCUGCCACGGGGUACCUGCACCACAUCACUCGACUUGUGGUGGCCUCCUUCAACAUCCGUGGCGGCCGCGAUGCCCCUGACCUGCUCAAGAUCAUCACGGAGCCCUUCACUAAGCUCAUCAUCCAGCUGGACAAGUCUGUGAUUACCAGCCUUGCCUCGGGGGACGAGUCCCUGAGAAAUCACAGCCUCAUCCGGGUUUGGUGUUACCCAGACCCCACAGAGGUUCCUACUCCUAUGCCCAGGGCAGAGGCCAACACCAGCUGGAUGCUCAGAAAUGCCACCCUGGAGAAAUGCAACCACAUCUUUGUGGACACGGGGCUGCCUGACCUAGCUGUGGGGCUCAUCCUGCUGGCUGGCUCCCUGGCACUCCUGUGCACCUGUCUCAUCCUCCUUGUCAAGAUGCUCAACUCUCUGCUCAAGGGCCAGGUGGCCAAGGUCAUUCAGAAGGUUAUCAACACUGACUUUCCCACCCCCUUCACCUGGGCCACAGGCUACUUUGCCAUGGUGGUAGGGGCCAGCAUGACCUUUGUUGUCCAGAGCAGCUCUGUGUUCACCUCAGCCAUCACCCCACUCAUCGGCCUCGGUGUGAUCAGCAUUGAGCGUGCCUACCCGCUCACACUGGGCUCCAACAUCGGUACCACCACCACGGCCAUACUGGCUGCCCUGGCCAGCCCCCGGGAGAAGCUGUCCAGUGCUUUCCAGAUUGCCCUCUGCCACUUCUUCUUCAACAUCUCUGGCAUCCUGCUGUGGUACCCCGUGCCCUGCACACGCCUGCCUAUCCGCAUGGCCAAGGCGUUGGGCAAACGCACGGCCAAGUAUCGCUGGUUCGCCGUCCUCUACCUCCUCCUGUGCUUCCUGCUGCUGCCCUCGAUGGUGUUUGGGCUCUCCAUGGCAGGCUGGAGGGCUAUGGUAGGUGUGGGCGCACCCUUCGGGGCCCUGCUGGCCUCUGUGGUACUUGUCAGUGUGCUGCAGCGUCGCAGCCCCGGGUGCCUGCCCAAGUGGCUGCAGACGUGGGACUUCCUGCCCCUAUGGGUGCACUCCCUGAAGCCCCUGGACCUCCUCAUCACCCGCGCCACCCUGUGCUGCGCCAGGCCUGAGCCCCGCUCACCCCCACUGCCCGCCAGGGUCUUCCUGGAGGAACUGCCCCCCGCCACACCCUCCCCCCGCCUUGCCAUGCCCCAUCACCACGAUGCCACCCGUCUCUAG